CCCGCAUCAUCAUCGCUAGUCGCCAGCUCCAUCUGUAUCUCGUUCCUCCAUCACCAAACUUCUACUCUUGUACAACAUACCAUCAUGACAGACGCACAACAUCUUGUGCAGUAUGCACAGCGGCAGUUUGACGAAAUCACUGCGAGCAUCGAGCGCCAUUUCGACCAAGUAGCGGGCCAGCUUCGCGAAAGCUUCUCUCACCAACGACCGCCAACGCCACCAAAACGAUUACCUCCGCCUACCACAUACCAGUCGAUAGAACGAUUGGUACUCCGAAACAAAGCCCUUACCGCUGCAGCCGUGGCCUUUCUCGUCACUGGUUCUAUCGGCGCCGUCGUGUACAUCAAUAGCCAGGACAUGAAACGCAAACGACGCGCGAGAAAGUCACCUAGCGGCGCUCGAACAGAUGUUGUUGUGGUAGCAGGCGCAGUCGCCAACCCUUUGACAAGCGCACUAUACCUCGACCUCGAGCGUCGUGGCUUCGUUGUCUACGUCGUGACCAAUACGCCCGAAGACGAGCACUACAUCCGCUCCCAGUCGCGUUCGGAUCUUCACAUACUCUCUAUACAUCCAGGCGAAGAUGACCCAUACAUCACACACCAGGACUCCCUGGACCGCUUCCGCCAUAUGCUAUCACAUGAACACCGCGCCUUCGAUCACGCCGAACCUCACAAACUCCAUCUCAGAGGCCUCAUCCUCGUCCCUGACACCUCUUCCUCUCCUCCUCUCCCCAUCGCCGACAUACGUCCCUCAGACUGGUCUGAUGCGCUCAACACGCGACUCCUUAACCCAAUCACCACAACUCAACUCUUCCUCCCCAUCCUACAACCCGGCUCCAAGAUUCUUCUCCUCACACCUUCCGUGACGCCUUCCCUUCAGCUCCCACUCCACUCUCCCGAAACAACAACCUACCAUGCCCUCGAAUCGUUCCUUCGCACCCUCUCCACCGAAACAAAGGCCUCAGGAAUUCAAGUAUCCCACUUCAAACUCGGCAACAUCGACAUCCCCGCCGUGACAGCGCGGCAGAAACGCGAAGGAAUACACACGACGUCAAGAUUCAAGCCUACGCCUCUGCGACAACUACACGAUGCGGUGUUCGACCAGUUGGUGGCGAAGAAGGCGAACAAGGAAGUUUUUGUGGGAAGAGGAAGCUGGACAUAUCAUGUUAUUGGGAAGUUCAUGCCGAGUGGAUUGGUAGGUUGGAUGAUGGCUCCUUCUACAGCGAAGAAGGGGACUUCCAAUACUGCUAGCGGAGGGAGAAAAGAGCUGGGGAAUGGAUCUGCGUCUGAUGAUGAGAGGCUGGCGAGUAGUACGGGGAGUAUUACUUGGGAGAAGGUGGAUCAGCAGUUAGGAGAGUGAGGAAUAAUCCAGUACAGUGCCCUGGCAGAGGAGAAAUUCAUUGAAGGCCAAGCUCUGUCAGAUCCAGAUUACGAGUUAUGAUUGGCACAAUGUUUUGUGAGCAUGGAGUUUGGCGUAAACUGAGGGCCUGGAUUUGCAAGAGAUCUUGUUUGAUUACUCCAGCCGAGUAUGUCACUUUACCACUUCGAUUUUGCUGUGCAGAUACAUAUACCCAUCAAAGCG